AUGUGGGGAAAAUUAGUUGCAAAUAAUUCAUUAUCUUCACAUAUUGAUCUAUAUGAAGAUGAUAUUAGUUUGGGUAGAAAUCCUAGAAAAUGUAAAGUUGUAUUACAUGACCCAACUAUUAGUGGUAUUCAUUGUCGUAUUUUUAGGGCAACUGAUGGACAUUUUUAUAAUGGUGCACCAAAAUAUUUAGUGAAAAUUACAGAUCUCAGCUCCAAUGGUACAUUUGUAAAGGGAAAUCUUUUGGGUAAAGGCAGGACAACCAUAAUUUCAAAUGACGAUAUUAUAUCAUUCACAUCACCACGUACAAACACUGGUUUAUCGUUUACUUUUGCAGAUAUGUCAAAUCCACCACCUGAGGAAACUGAUGAAAUCUACAAGAACUACAUUCUUCAAGGCAUUAUAGGUACAGGCAAUUUCAGUGUUGUUAAAAGAUGUAUAAGGAGAGAUACUGGUCAAGUAUAUGCUGUAAAAAUUAUAGACAAGAAAAAAUUUUGGCACAUUGGAAAGAAUAGAAAUCAAAUUCAAAGUGAAAUCAAUAUACUAAAACAAAUAAAACACAAGCACAUCAUCGGCAUCAUCGAAGUGUAUGAUUCAGAACGCCACAUGUAUAUUAUAUUAGAACUCGCCUCUGGUGGUGAUCUGUUUGAUAAAAUUAAAAACAAGGGCAUCUAUAGUGAAAGAGAAACUAAGAUUGUUUUUUUUCAAAUUUUAGAAGCUGUAGCUUAUCUUCACAAUUUAAACAUUACACAUCGUGACUUAAAACCAGAAAAUAUUUUACUUCAUCCCAAUUGCCGAGGUGAACCAGUCAUCAAAAUUUCAGAUUUUGGCCUAGCCAAAAUUAUUAGUGACAAAGAUAAAGCUACCACCCUUUGUGGUACACCACUUUAUGUAGCUCCUGAAAUUAUUAAAAAUUGCUUUAACAAUAACCCAAAUAAUGUACCUUUAUCUGGUUAUGGUAAAGAAGUUGAUGUUUGGAGCUUAGGUUGUAUUUUAUAUGUUUUAUUAUCAGGUAGACCACCAUUUGAUUUUGAUAAAGUUUCAUCACAUAAAGUUUUAGAAGAGCCUGUAACAUUUGAUUUACCUAUAUGGGGUUCGGUUUCAAAUGAAGCAAAAGAAUUAAUAAAUAAAUUUUUACAACAUGACCCAAAAAAGAGAUUAUCAGCAAGAGAUGCAUUGAUUGACAAAUGGUUCUCAAGUGAUCAAUUUUAUAGAACAAGAACUGAGGUAGUUACACCAUCACCA